AUGCAGGACAAAUUAGGUCAAGCUGCAUGGAGGCGGUAUCACAAUCUUGGUCGCGGUUUGCGCGAUGUCAUAUUUUCUGAUUUCCCGCACAACACCAGGUGGUUCACCCCAGAGGAAAGAGCAUUUGUUCUCUCUCCCCUUGUUGAAGAUGGCUAUGGUAAGGCUGAUGAGCUUGGGAAACAGCCGAUCGUGAAAGAACUACGAGAUGCUGUUUCUGACUGGAAGAUGUGGUGGUUUUCGGCCACGGCCAUGUUCCAGGCAAUAGAGUAG